AUGAUGAUGAUGAUGAUGAUGAUGAGCAGGCUGCUUCUUGGCGUCGGGCGUUUGUUUUUGUUUGUGUCUGUGCUGCUGGCGGUGGCGGCGUCGGCGCGGGAUGAGGUUGGUGGGAUUGGUGGGGUUGGUGGCCUGGAGGGUGUUGGGGAGCGAAAUGCGAGCCGACCAUCUUCGCUGACGUUUGCGGUUGCGGAGCGUGGGCUGACUGAGAUCGAGGCGCUCGUCCUGCCGGAGCUGCACCAGAUCAUGAUGAACGUCACCAUCCCCGACAUCAAGGUGGAAGAGCUUGGGAUCGUGGUUGAGGUGUCCAACAUCACGCUGACCAAGCUGGACUUUGGCAGCGAGGCCAUCGAUCUCAGCCCACCCAACGUGGUGACCAUCGCGGGCACUGGCGUCAUCAUCCUUGCCAACAUGAAUUGGCGCUACCAUGACGGGCUGAUCAAGAUCCAUGGCACCGCAAAGGAUGUGUUCAACCAGACCUCGCUCAACAUUGCAAUCGCCCUGACCUCUGAUCACGGUCAUCUGGGGCUGACGGUUGCGCAGUGCGACGUGAACAUCAAGGACUUUGCAAUCAUCCUGGAUGGUGGCGCUGGCGGCUUCUACCAGGACAUUGUGAACAUGCUGCACAAGCCGUUGGAGCAUCUCUUCUCCUCCACCAUCUCCACAGCGCUCGUCAAAGGCAUUGAUGAGAUUGCCGCAAAGUUGCUGCCUGCCAUUCCACUGGUAAUCCCGCUCUCCAACACGACGGAGAUCGACUAUGGCCUCAUCAACGUCACCAACACGCGUGGCAUGUCCGGCUUUCACUACUCUGACAAUCAUUUUUCCGGAACCGCCACCCCAAUCAUCAUUGACGACUUUGACAUCAGCAUUGGCGCAUACGAGAGUAUCGAUAUUGCGGGGUUCUUCCAGCCAGCAACCAAUGGCACUUUCUACUUCCAGAUCCACUUCAACCAGGCCGGCGAAAUCACAGCGCCGAGCGGCACCGCAGGCCACCUCGAAAUGCACAACCCGGGCAUGUGCUGGGUUGAGCACCACACGGACAGCACGCCGCCAUUCAAUGGCAGCGCAUCCGUCUUCUAUCCGAUUCAACUCCAAUAUCAGGGCGGGUGUGGUGGCGGCCACAUCGAACUACGUGUGUGUGCGCAGGGUGGCGCGUGCCAACUGCUGUCGUCACUGAACAUCACCACCAACACGACGGAUUCGCUCCCUGUCUUUGUGGACACGCGUGCGGUGAUGGUGGCCUCUGGUGCCGAAAUCUUUGACCGCACACACCCGCAGGAGAGCGCGUACCCGCAUCACACGCUGCCUACCUCACUGCCGGCGACAUUCAACAGCACGCGCCACUCGCUCGUGCUGUAUCUUGACCCCUUCCUCCUCAACUCUGGCAUAUCUGUGCUCAACACUGAGGGUGCCUUCAACCUUUCCAUCACCAACGCUGACCUCCCACCUGCUGUUCUGCCAUACUUUCAACUCAACACCACUUUCUUCCGCUACGUGCUGCCAAACCUCUACCAGAAGUUUCCAAAUGACGCAAUGCAAGUGGACAUGGAGCCGUCCACCAUCACUCCAAUCACCGUCAUCCCAAAUGAGGGCAUUGGCGCAGGGUUUCUCUACUCCAUCAACGUCUCUGUUCUUCAAGGCAUGCCAUCACCCCAGCGCAUCCCUGCGAUGACGCUAGAGAUUGAGUUUGCCAUUACUGGCAACGUCUCCCUCGCCAACACCACCCUCACCGGCGCCAUCUCCGCCAUCAAUCUCACCACCACGCUCAAGUGGUCGAUUGUGCCCGUCGCAAACAUCAGUGCGUUGAACCCAAUCAUCGCCAAGCUGCUGGAUGCGGUGGUGAUUCCCGCGCUCAACAGCGCCAUGGCCAAAGGCCUGCCGCUGCCCACUGUCGCUGGUCUGCAGUUUGCCAACACAGACGUCGUCUACGAACAAGGCGGCUACAUCGCCCUGCACGCUGCGUUCCACCCUGUUUCAACGCCACAACAGAGACAGGUGGAUGGUGAUGGUGACGGGGUGUGA